AGAUCUUCAAAGCUCAAGAGCUUAAAAGAACUUGGGGCAGAGAGAGAGAGGGAUGUUUCGUUUCUUAAGAUCAAUGUCAAGGACAGUUCAUGAAGAAGUGCAUCAUGAUGAUCAGGCGCAUGAGGAGGAUAAGAUUGGUGAUGGUGGGGCAUGCAUGUCUCUAACGGUGUGGAGAAAGUCACUUCUGAUGAGUUGUAAUGGUUUUACUGUCAUCGAUUCUAAUGGAAAUUUGGUCUACCGGGUUGACAAUUACAGGGGACGUCGUCCCCAGGAAGUCACUCUUAUGGAUGGCACCGGAAAACCCAUCCUCACGAUGCGCCGUCGGAAGGCGCUUAGGCUAGUAGAUAGCUGGCUUGUGUAUGAGGGGGAGGCAACUAGUACUGACCAUUGUGGAACAGUUAAAUCGUUAAAGAUGCCCGUUUGCUCCCUGAGAAAGCACGUCAACAUUUUACAUGCCAAUCGAAACGUGCUUGCAUAUGCAUCUCUUGGGACCUCAGAUAGAAGAUAUAGUUACGUGAUUGAAGGUUCGUACGCCCAUAGAUCAUGCAAAGUGUUUGAGGAACAGUCAAGGAGGGUUAUGGCAGAGAUCAAGAGGAAGGAAGCCAUUAAAGGAGGGGUGUCUUUUGGGCUUGAGGUUUUUCUUCUGGUGGUGCAUCCUGGCUUUGAUCGCGGACUUGCUAUGGCUUUGGUUUUGCUUUUAGAUCAAAUGUUUUCCUAGAUCCUAAAUUUUUCAUUAGGUCGUGUAAUAUUGGACAAAAAACAUGUUUUUUGCAUAAAGAAAAACAAGUUUUAGUCAGUUGCCGAUCAAAUCGUUAAAGCCAGAUCAUGAGAUGAAUAUUAUUGCUAUGUCAUGUCAUGUCAUGACUGAGUUCUCAA